AUGGUGCAGGCAGAGGACAGGGGAGCGGAAGGCGGAGACCGCGAGGCUGGCCUGGAGGAGGAAGGCGGGGGCGUGGGGGACACGAGCGAUGUCCACCGGCUCGCGGCCGCCGAGUGCAAGCAGUCGCAGAGGAACGCGGCCAACGCCCGCGAGCGCGCCCGGAUGCGCGUGCUGAGCAAAGCCUUCUCCCGACUCAAGACCAGCCUGCCCUGGGUGCCCCCCGACACCAAGCUUUCCAAGCUGGACACGCUCCGGCUGGCUUCCAGUUACAUCGCGCACCUGCGGCAGCUGCUGCAGGAGGACCGCUACGAGAACAGCUACGUGCACCCGGUGAACCUGACUUGGCCUUUUGUGGUCUCGGGACGACCCGACUCUACACCAAAGAAGUUGCCGCAGUUAACAGAUUAUGUGGGACCACCGCUUAGAAGGAGCUCCAACUCGACGGGAUUAUUGCUUAAGCGCCUGUGUUUGGGGGCCAAGGAGAGAAGCGAGACCGCGUGAGAAACCCCAGAAAUGGGAAGUUCCAUUGGAUUCUCCUAGACUCCCCCACCCCGGAACUGUGAACUCAACAGGUGGCGGGCGUUGGGGGCAGAGCCUGAGGGUCGGCGGCGCAGCUGUCAUCACAGGGCGCGGAUCGCUAGGCUGCCACGCGUCCGGGCGAGGACGCUUUACGCGCGGACGCAGAUCCAACCUGGGCUUUUAGCAGUGUAGACUAACCCCGGCGCUGCAGUCUGAGCCCAGGCCAGCCGCCCAAGGGUUAGUUUGCAAGCUAAGCCAGAUACACAUCUGUGGUGGCACGACUCUGCACAGGCCAGGCCCUCACGGUUAGGCAGUGGUUAGAACGCGCUCUCCAUGGUCGGCUUUAAAAACAGGGGUCUUCACUUAAGACCUACAUCGGGGCACGCUCUUCAGUUGCAAAGAGAGGAGUGUGGCACACCUGGCCCAGGUUUGUACCCUACAGGUCAGCUCCCCGCUGCGGGACGGACGGUGCCCUCUCGGUGCGGGGAGAGGGGGAGGCGCGCUUUCAGAGACCAAACCCCGCUGGGUUUUCCCGGGAGCGUCCCAGCAGUUCGGCCUCCGGUAUGGCGAAGCCCUUCACUCCCCGCAGGCUCCCGUCUCUUCCUAACCGGGCUCCCGUCUACCCUCCUCCCCUUCUAGGCUCGAACCUCCCACAGGCCUUCCACCACCAACCUAGCUGGGCCUCCUUCGGGGCCUCUCUCUACUCCCUCCUCCCACACCUACUUGCAGCCCACUCACCCCACCUCCCCCUGCAACUCCUGACCGUCCCCGCCUGGCCUCCCAUCUCCAAGCUCAGGUGGCCGCCUCCUCCAACUCUGCCUCCCGGCGCCGCCCACGUUUUCCUCCGUGGCAGGACCUCUGGCUGGACCGCGGAGGCUGUUCGGUACCUAGCGACCUGCUCAAGGGGACCGCGUCGCUGCCCCAGGCUGCACUACCAUAAUUAGCAGAUGUAAAUAAAUUUAUUUUUUUAUGAAUAAUAAAACGCGUUGUGAAAACC